AGUCUAUCUUUGCAGUAUCAAUCGCAAUUGGCGUGUGUUGCAGUGGUAUCUCACCAUGCUGGGUCUGAGAUCAUUCAUCCGCCAGACUCCCAGGUGGACACAGUUCCGUGCUGUGUCGACGCUGGAGGGCCACUCUCACAUUUACGUCUUCCCCCAAAACGGAACCAACGUCCUCUCCCUCCUCCCAUCCGAACCCACCAACCCCGACCUCGCCCUCGGCGUCACCUCCAAACUCCCUCCCACGCCCGACUCCUUCCGAGAGAACUCCAAGUUCAUUAAAGUCCUCCAGGACGUGGUCACGGAGUAUGGAUACCAAGAUCCCGACGCGAUCUCCCAGGCCCAGGUGAUGGUCUCGACGGCGGGCGCGAAUCUGACCUCUGGAGGGGUGCUGAUGACGGGUGCGCGUGGAAGGAGACGUCGCGGCGAGGUGGGUGAUUCUAGUGGCGGAGCUAGCGGUCAAGGUGGUGCUGGCUCGGCUGGGAGAGGGGGCUGGAUUCAUCUUUCGGAUAGUAGACGGCCGCCCGAGUAUGGUCGGAUUGCUUGGCCGGAGGAUAUUUUCGGGAGCUUGGAAGUUGAUGGUAAUGGUCAGUUUGUGGGAGGUAAUGGCAAUUAUCAACCGAGUGGGACGUAUCGGAUUGUCACUCGGGAUGGAAUUUUUGGUUUGAGCCCGUUCCUGAGGGAAAAGUUGGUCAAGAAGCUGCGCGAGCAAGAGGCGCAAUAGGCUGCAACAGAAGCCUUGUACAAUAGCUCAGAUGUAUUAUUAACCUAGCUUUUGUGGAAUAGCUUUCCAUACAAACUGCUGGCAGUUGACGCAAUUUGGUCAUGCCUAGGUUACAGUCGACCAGCUCAGGUCCAGCCCGAGGGUAGAACAUAUCCAUCCUCCAUCCUUUCACUUGUGGAAAAAGUUCGUAAUACGCUGGGUCCCUGCAGUGGACUUUUUCUCCGGGGUCUUCUUCACCGGCGUAUUUCGAGUGGCACUGCGCAUCGUCUUCCCCGCAAGCGUCACUGGCUUAGACGGUGAACUAGAUUCAAGGCUCGAAGCCACACUCGACUCCGUCUUCGGCUUCUUGGUUUCCCCCGUCUCGACCUCCAAGGAAUGCUCCCUCUUGACUCCGGGAACCGGC